AUGGUCAAGUUGGAAGAACUCGAGGAUGAGCAUUUUCUCAGCAAGCCCGACUCGACUUCGGACGGGGCGCUGCUGGUCGAUGAUGAUGAUGACUAUACUGACACCGACUCUGAAAUCUCCGACGACGGCUCCGACGCAGGUGCCCUUGAGGAGUCUCUCUUUGACCGCCUCAGCGCGCUCCGCGAUAUCAUCCCGCCUAAAGCCCGCGCGCGCAUCUCGUCCGUUUCUUCUUCUAUCGCUUCCGCGACUUCCUCGACCGUCAACUACUCCGGCAAAGGCCUUUGGGUGAUCGCCACGAGUAUUCUGCUGCUGGGGAUCCCCUAUGCCCUCGCCAUCGGCGAAGAGCAGCAGUAUAUGGAGGAGGUUAGGCGGGAAUCUUUGAUGAGCGAAGGCGCUCAGGGGUUGUUGCAGGGCGGUCAGGGUCAAGGCCAGGCGCAGCCCGCGUUGUAA